AUGGUUGUAGAUGCCGGCAGCUAUGUGAGCAAAAUAGAUUUUUCAGUGAUGUUACAGACGGACCUCACCACAGGGAAACAAAGAAGAAUCCAACGCAACUUUAAUCUUGAGAAUAGACUUUGCUCCUCCCACAGGUGUUCCUGUUUCUGUUCUCCACCUGUUUCCUGGGAACAUUUGGAUGCUACAGGUCCUUACCGGUUGAUCCCACUGGAUAAACGCACCCCAGAGUAUCAGGAUGUGGCUCAUUAUAUCACACAUAAUGGACUCCUGAAUAAGACCAUAGUAUCAAUAACAAGGAUACAAAACUUGGACCUCUGGGAAAUGUAUUGCAGAAAAACGAAACAACUAAUGAGGCUUCAGGGUACCAACAGCAUUCAAGAGAGAUGGCUUUUCCACGGCACUGACAGUGAAAAUAUUGCCAGCAUUUGCACAAAUAACUUUGAUUUAUGGUUGGCUGGACAACAUGGGAAACUUUAUGGCAAAGGGAUAUAUUUUACCACGUGUGCAUUCUAUGCAAACACAUACAGUAGCAUCAGGAGAGCUCCAACAAACGGUAAACUCACUAAAGUGAUCUUUCUUGCUCGGGUGAUGGUUGGGAAAUCGAAACUUGGAGAGUUUUAUUUCUCUAAACCAGAUCAUGGAAGCCUUGAAAAUUUUCACGACAGCUGUGUGGAUGAUCUCGACGAUCCGAUGAUAUUCAUCACAUUUGAUCCAAAUCAGAUAUAUCCGGAAUAUCUUAUUGAGUAUGAACUUUAG